AUGGUGGCGCACGCGCACGACGCCGCCGUGCUCGCUCUCUCCGGCCACACCGCCUGCCUCAACUUCGCCGACCCCACCUGGCGGAUGCUGCCCGUGCUCGCGGCCGGCUCCUUCAGCUUCGACAGCGCGCGGGAGAUCAAGGCCACCGUCGUGGCGCUCCAGAAGCAGCAGGCUCCGGUCGCCGUGGCUGUCCUUGCGCUCCAGCAGAAGCAGGUUCUGGUCGCCGUCGCCGUCGUGGCGCUCCAGCGGCUGUAG